AUGGCCAACUACUUCAUCACAUACUCUUAUCUCUACCACCAGAAAGAUAUGCUGGAGGACCACAAGCGCACGGGCGCGUAUUACAACGCCUGCAUCCAGAACAUGGCCCAGUUCAAGGACAAGGUGGUGCUGGACGUGGGCACCGGCAGCGGCAUCCUGGCCAUCUUUGCGGCGCGGGCGGGCGCGCGCAAGGUCUACGCCGUGGAGGCCACCGACAUGGCCAAGCACGCACGUCGCCUGGUGGCGGCCCAGGGCUUGGCGGGCACGGUGGAGGUCAUCCAGGGCGUAAUCGAGAGCGUGGAGCUGCCGGAGCAGGUGGACAUCAUCAUCUCUGAGUGGAUGGGCUACUUCCUGCUGCGGGAGUCCAUGCUGGACUCCGUACUUGUGGCCCGGAACAAGUUCCUCAAGCCAGGCGGCGCCCUGUACCCCUCCCACGCUCGCAUGUUCCUGGCGCCCAUCACCACCAACCAGACGCAGCGCCGCCAGGCGGAGCUGGAGGCCGCCGUGGACGGCUGGUCCGACUUCGUGCGGGAGGUCAAGCAGUACUACGACGUCGACAUGUCCUGCCUCACCGAGGCCUACCAGGAGGAGCAGGCCGAUUACUUCUCGCGCACAGCGGCCUGGGCGGACGUGCACCCCUCCCAGGCCCUGGGCCCCCCUGCCUGCCUGAAGUCGUACGACCUGCUCAUGCUGACCUUGGAGGAGCUGAAGGCGGACCUGCAGGCCAGCUUCAAGCUGCGCCUCCUCCAGCCCGGCCCCGUGGAGGCGCUGGCGGGAUACUUUGAUGUCCAGUUCAGGGGCAGCCCCGAGAACCCAGCAGACUCCCCGGUCACCCUGACCACCGCACCCGACCCCACAGGCGCGACGCACUGGGGCCAGCAGGUGUUCUUCAUGCACCCUGGCAUUCAGGCGGACGAGGGUACCACCAUCGAGGGCAGCCUGAGCAUGAGCCGGCGGAGCGACAACCACCGCCUGAUGGACGUCGUGGUGAAGCACAAGGUGAUCACCGGCCUCAGAGAGGGCCAGGAGCGGACCGACCUCUUCCACAUCGAGUGA